AUGUCAGGUCCCGCUUGGCAUCAGAAAGUCCACAUCGGAAAUAGAAGCAGCAGCAGCGCGGACCAAAGGUCAAAAAUGGCAGCCUCCACUAAAGGGCUCAAAAAAUGUCUAAUUUCCUCAGUGUUGCUAAGAAAAUUACAUCUACGAAAUGAACGAUUUUUGUCAACGUCCGUGUCUCAUCUGGCUGCCGAAAGCGACAGCGAGCGUCCACCGAAAUUCACCCCUCCGCCAAAGCCUGUCAUAAUUGACAAAACGCAAACCGUGGCAGCCUUGCGAAAGUACCUGAGCCCAGAAUUCAUUCCUCCCCGUCAGAGGACAAAUCCGCUAAAGUUUUACAUGGAGAGGAAAGACAUGAUCCGCAGGAGGAGUGUGCUCAACAUUCCUGAAUUCUAUGUUGGUAGUAUACUUGCUGUCACCAUGGCCGACCCAAAUGCCAGUGGCAAAUUAAACCGCUUCGUCGGCAUAUGCAUCCAGAGAGGUGGCAAGGGUCUCGGAGCAACGUUUAUCCUAAGGAACAUCAUCAAUAGUCAAGGUGUGGAGAUAUGCUACGAACUGUACAGCCCACGUAUUCAGGAGAUCCAGGUGCUGAAGCUGGAGAAACGGCUGGACGAUAACCUGAUGUACCUGAGAGAUGCGCUGCCUGAGUACAGCACUGUGGAUCCAGAAAUGAAGCCUGUGCCCUACUCCCUCACUGGAGAGGUGCCAGUCAACACGCUCAAGGUGAAGAUGCGUCCAAGGCCAUGGUCCAAACACUGGGAGCGGCCCAAUUUCGCCAUCCAGGGCAUCCGCUUCGACCUGUACAUAUCUCCUGCAGGGAUGGAGUACGUCAAAAAAUGGGCAAAGCCUUGGUUGGAGUAUGACAUGUUGCAGGAGUACGACACCUCUGAGAUUGAGAAGCAGAUCUACAAUGAGAUCCAGCAUGAGUCAAGCAAGCUGAAAACCUCCUGA